AUGACCUCUGCAGCAGCCAGUAAUCCCCGAAAGCGGCAGAAGCAAAAUCUUCCUGAGUCGGCUGCCAAUGAGGAGCAGCAGGAAGAGCUGCAGCAGCAGCAGCAGCUGCUGCUGCAGCGGAAGGAAGAGCAGCAGCUGCAUCAGCAGUUGCAACAUCAUGAAGAGCAGGAUAUCAAAGAGCAGCAGCAGCAACAGCAGGAGCAGCAGCAGCAGCAGCAAGCUUAUUCUUGCCUUGCGAGAGAGAGCGGAAUAGAAGCAUUCGCCACCCCAGUUUCUCCUGCUGCUUCUGCUUCUGCUGCUGCUGCUGCUGCUGCUGCUGCUGCUUCGCAUGAGGUAGCAGUUGUGGGGUUUAGAGGGGCUGUGAAGACACUCUUUGAAGACUUUCAGGUGUACGAAGACCCCAUCUUGCAAAUACCGCAGCAGCAGCAAGCAUCAGCAGCAGCAGCUGCAGCAAGAGGCGAAAGCAGCAUCACCAGCACGAACAACAACAGCAGCAACUUCAACAGCUCUAUUAGCAGCAGCAACAGUACAACCAGCACCAGCAGCAGCAGCAGCAGCAGCAAAUGCUGCACCCCAGGCCAGCCCUUACGACUAACUUCCUUGUUGAGUGUGCAGCAGCUAAUGCUAAGGCGGCAGCAGCAGCAGCAGCUUCUACGAGGGGACGGCGUCAUAAGCCGCACAUAUUCGCUUCCAGUACUCCUGCAAGGCACUGCAAACACAUCCGCAGCAGCAGCAGCUGCUGCUGCUGCUGCUGCUGCUGCACCAGCAGCAGCAGGAGCGGAAGCAGCAACAGCAGCAGCAGAAGCAGAACCGGAAGCAACUGCAGCAGCAGCAGCAGCACUAAGCCUUGCAGAUCGCAUUAAUGUACAGAGCUUCGUCAGAGCCCUUUCAGUAUAUUGUCCUCCUAUACGAAAGAAAACAGCAGCAACAGCAACAGCAACAGCAGCAACAGCAACAGCAACAGCAGAGUCGCAAGAUGCUGAAGAUCAGCAUAAACAAAACCAGCAUGUUGCAGAUGAGGCAGCAGCAGCAGCAGCAGCAGCAGCAAAACAUCUAAUGGAGGCCCUUGAGGGCCCCGCAAGUGCAGUAGGAGGAGCUGAUCUGCCUGGCCUUGCAGCAGCAGCUGCAGCAGCAACUGCAGCAGCAGCAGCAGCAGCAGGUCCUGGAGGCAGCAACAAGGCACCAGCUGCCUCGCUAACGAACCCUCUAACAGAAAUGGAAGAGGGCCCUUCUGCAGAAAGCAGCAGCAGCAGCAACAGCAGCAGCAGCAGCAGCAGCAGCAAUCCUCAGGAGUCCUCUGCUAAUACUACAGCAGCAGCAACAGCAGCAGCAACAGCAGCAGCACAAGACUUCACGCUGCCAGAACUGUGGUUGCUCGGCAAUACUGCAGCAACAAUUGAAGCAGCAGCUGCUGCAGCUGCUGCAGCCAUUGCAGCGCUUCCCGCUGCUCCUGCUGCAGCUGCUUCAAGCGACAGCAGCAAUGUGAGGCCCGAGGUCAGUGCUAUCAUCUGCUCUCAUUUGCCUGUCUCUGCCUGCAGCAGCAGCAGCAACAACAACAACAACAACAACAGCAACAACAGCAGCGGCGGCAGUAGCAGCAGCAGCAGCAGCAGCAGCAUGUGGAGUGUGCGUACAGCAGGCGUGGAGGCACUGUACAAGCAGCAGCGCAUGCGCUCGCAUGCAUCGGUUCGGCUGCUGCUGCCGUUUGCUGUUUCUGCUGCAGCUCCUGCUACUGCUGCUGCUGCCUGCGGUGUCUUUGCUGCUGCUGACGCUCCCCCAACCAACCCUCAUUUUGUGCAGCACGCUGCUGCUGCUGCCGCAGAGGUGCAUGCAACCGAUGCCGCUGCUCCUGCUGCUGCUGCUGUAGCAGAGCUUCCUUUUGUGUCUCUUGAAGCCAACUGGAAGCAGCAGCAGCAGUGUUUGCUGCAGCUACAGCAGCAGCAACAGCAGCGGCAACAGGAGCUAGAGCAGCAAGGCAAUUUCGAUGCUGCUGCCCUUGCAGCAGCAGCUGCUGCUGUUGCUGCAGCUGCUGCUGCUUCUCCUCCGCAGCAGCUGAUCCGCCUUCUGCUGCAGCCUCAAUCUCUGAUAUAUCUCUUUAAGAGACACGGUGCCUCUGCCCAUCAGCAGCAGCAGCAGGAGCAACAGCAGCAACAGCAGCAGCAGCAGCAGCAGGGAGCUUCUCAUGGUGUAAUGAGGCCCUUCCGCCGCAAGCGUUCACUGCAGCAGCGUUGCAGCCCUGAGGAAGCCAGCAGCAGCAGCAACAGCAACAGCAGCAACAGAAGCAACAGCAGCAGCAGCAUUCUUGCUGCUGCAGCGCGAGCAGUAGAGAAGUGUUUGGGGGGCUCCCGAGGAGGCGGCGAGCCGCACACACCCCGUCCUCCGCAGCAGCUGCAGCAGCAGCAGCAGCAGCAGCCAGGAGGUCGUUACUGUUUGUUUUUGCUGCUGAAGCAGAACAGAGACACAGCAGCAGCACUCCACUGCUUGUCUCGCUGUCUGAGGAAGCCUGCUGCAGCAUUUGCUGCAGCAGGAACGAAGGAUAGAAGAGCAAUCACUACCCAACUCAUUUCUAUUGAAAGGGCGACGCAGCAGCAGGUUGAGGAGGCGGUGCUGCAUGCAUACUAUGACAGCAACCUCUCGCUGCAGUUUGUUGGUUAUGCUGAGGCCCCGCUGCACCUAGGCGAGCUUCAAGGAAAUUUCUUUCAGGUUGUUGUACGCAAUAUUAGACCUAUACUCAGCAGCAGCAGCAGCAGCAGCAGCAGCAGCAGCACUGCCAGCAAUAACAACAGCAGCAGCAGCAGCAGCACUGACAGCAGCAGCAGCAGCAGCAGGAGGGGUUGUGGGGUGCAUGCAUUGGAGGUGGCUGAAGUGUCCGCAUUAAGAGAUUUCAUAGAAGAACGCAUGCAUGCGGUGUCUUCACUCGGAUUUUUAAAUUACUUCGGGCUGCAGCGCUUCGGUGCUAAAGAAGCAAAGACAGCAGCAGUUGGUGCUGCGCUGCUGCAGCGACAUUAUAAAGCAGCAGUGCGCCUCAUACUCAGCAGCAAAAUUCAACAAGCACAGGAACUGCUGCAGCAGCAACAGCAAAUGAAAGAAGCAAUGCAGCGCAGACAAAUCCAGCAGCAGCAGCAACAGCAGCAACAGCAGCAGCAGCCAUCCAACACCGAAUCAAAGUCAUCCGAAAGCAGCGACUGCAGCAGUAGCAGCAGCAGCAAUAGCAGCAGCAGCAGCAGCAGGUGGGAGGAGCCGGUGCUGCAUUGCAGCCGAUUUGAAUGUCUAGAAGAGCGUUUGCUGCAGGCUUUGCUGCAGGGUCUGUCGUACCGUGAGGCGCUGCAGCAGCUACCUUCAUCAAGUUUGCUGCUGUAUUUGCAUGCAGCACAAGCCCUUGUCUUUAAUCACCUUCUUACUUUCAGGUGGAAGAAGUACGGCAACAAAGUUGUCCCAGGAGACUUGCUGCUGCAGCGCCAGCAGCAGCAGCAGCAGCAGCAGCAACAGCAGCAGCAGGGGCAGCAGCAAGAGGACUUUGUAGAAGAGCUGCAGCUGGAGGAAGGGGGUUUUGAUGCUGCUGCUGCAGAGAGGGGUAUUGCUGCUGCUGGCUGUGUAAGGGUUGUUGCUUCUGCUGCUGAAGCAGCAGCAGCAGACAUCCACGAUGUUGUGCUGCCGCUGCUAGGCAGCAGCAGCAGCAGCAACUUGCUGCCAAGCUACAUGCAGCAGGAGCUGCAGCGGAUCUGUGAGCAGCACUUAGGGCUGUCUUACGAAGUCUUCCUGCAGCAGCAACCCCCCAACCGCCAUUCUGCUGCUGCUGCUGCUAGGCGUCAGAAGCAGCAGCAGCAGCAGCAGCAGCAGGGGUGUAGCGACAGGCGGAGGAAGCCUUUUAGGGGUAUAGGAGCCUCUCAAUUGCUGCAGCUGCUCGAUAAAGAAGAUGAAGUAAACAAAGAAGAAGCUCCUCUUAUACAUCUUCGCGGUGGGUAUAGGCCUAUCCUUGCUGCUGCAAACGCAUGCAGCUGGCAGCUAGUACUCAGCAGCAAAUCAGCAGCAGAGCCCCCAAAGCCGCUUCUACUCAGUGAUAUCGAUCUCCUCAAACAAAAAGAAAACAAACAUAUGUUGCAGCAGCAGCAGAAACAGCAGCAGCAACAACAACAACAACAAAAGACAGAUGAAGUCGCUCUUAAGGAGAAGGAGGAACAGCAGCAGCAGCAGCAGCAGCAGCAGCAAGAGUUUGCUGCUUCGCGUUUGGGGUGUCACAGGAUAUCUUUUGAAGAAGAAUUUAACCCAAGAGAGAUUCUCGAUUGCAGCAAACCAAACGUCCGUCGCCGCCUCACUCUCAAUCAAAUAGCAGCAGCAGCAGCAGCAACAGAAGCAGCAGCAACAGAAGCAGCAGCAGAAGACACUUCCAACAGCACCACAACCACCACCACCACUGACAGCAGCAGCAGCAGCAGCAGCACCACUGACAGCAGCAGCAGCAGCAGCAGCACUGACAGCAGCAGCAGCAGCAGCAUAAUAUUUGUUGAUGAGGUUAACAAGUGCAGCAAUUUGAGUUUGGUUGUUCGGCUGUGGCUGCCCGCUGGAGUUUACUGCACAAUAGCGCUGAGAGAAAUAAUGCGUGUAGAUACACUUGAAUAA